UUUUAGAAACAGACACAGGAGGAGAGGGCUUUCAUUCUCAGCCCAAAGCUCCGCUCAGGCACAGCCCAUUCCGGAGGAGAGGGGGACGCACCGCUCCAUACACUCCGCCGUGUCCAUGUUGUUGUCAUCUCCACCCCUAUAUCUGAUUGAACCAAGAAAAGGGGAUUUUUUCUUUUCCAGUGGAGACGCGCAGCAACUCUUUCUGUUUUCCCCUAUGAUGUCCUAAAGGCAAACAGUGACUCGGUUUGAGCCAAAUGUUGCUGUGGCUGGUGCGCUCUGCACACGCGUGGGUCAUACUCUGCACCUGACAGGCUAUUCUUCUGCAGACUUCUAAAUUGACAGGACUUAGCAUCGACCCCCAAGAAGUUGUUGGCCGCUGCAGUCCGCGGAGUCUGCCCACCUCCCUGACGGACUGUUUUGGUACCAAAAACAAGAAGCUUGUUGCCGUUUUUUUCUCACUCUAAAGCUGCAUCACCAAGGCGAAACGGCGACCUCAGUCGAUUACCUUUCUUUCCUUUGCUAUCCCAUGGAUAUUCACUGCAAAGCAGACCCCUUCUCGGCGAUGCACCUAUCCCACGCAGGGCACGGCGGUGUGAACCAGCUCGGCGGGGUGUUUGUGAACGGCAGGCCCCUCCCGGACGUGGUGAGGCAGCGGAUCGUGGAGCUUGCCCACCAGGGCGUCCGGCCCUGCGACAUCUCCAGACAGCUACGGGUCAGUCACGGCUGUGUCAGCAAAAUCCUCGGCAGCUAUCAGAAGGCAUUUCAGAGGUACUAUGAAACCGGCAGUAUUAAACCCGGGGUCAUCGGUGGCUCCAAACCAAAGGUUGCGACCCCAAAAGUGGUGGAUAAAAUAGCAGAGUACAAGCGCCAAAACCCCACUAUGUUCGCCUGGGAAAUAAGGGACCGACUACUGGCUGAGGGCGUCUGCGACAACGACACCGUUCCAAGCGUUUCAUCCAUCAACAGGAUUAUCCGCACCAAAGUCCAGCAGCAAUUCCACCCAUCUCCUGAUGGAUCUGUCACGCCGCUCUCCACACCCGGCCAUACCAUAGUGCCCAGCACAGCCUCCCCUCCUGUGACCAGUGCCUCCAACGAUCCCGUUGGAUCCUAUUCCAUCAACGGCAUUUUGGGCAUCCCCCGGUCCAACGGCGAGAAGAGGAAACGAGACGAUGUUCUCUGGAGUGGCAACCACUUGGAUGGAAGGAAAAUAGGACAUUAUGGCUCGGAUGGUUCGGGACCAGGCAGCGACUCUCAGGGAAGCGUUGAAAGUUUAAGGAAGCACCUGCGAGCAGACGCCUUCACCCAGCAACAGCUGGAGGCCCUGGACCGUGUGUUCGAAAGGCCAUCUUACCCGGACGUCUUCCCCACUUCGGAACACAUCAAACCUGAACAGGCAAACGAGUACUCACUUCCAUCGCUGAACGCCGGCCUGGAAGACGUGAAGCCGAGCCUCUCCACCAGCGCCAGCUCAGACCUCGCCUCCAGCGUCUCCCAGAGCUACUCUGUUGUGACAGACUCUCACCCAUCAUACCCACCUUCCAUGUGUGUAAAGCGGGAGCCCCAUGAGGCAUCUUUUGCCCCCUUCACCCCAUCCUCUGUUGGGGAUUCUUCUCUAGCUGACGUCUUGCCCCACCAGCCCAGCCUUUCUGUAGAUGCUUCUACCCCCAGCUACCUUGCCUAUGCCCACGGCCCCUGCUACAGCCAGUAUGCCAGCCAGCCCUUUAUAGCAGGUCGAGACAUGGCCAGCACCACCUUACCUGGCUACCCGCCUCACGUCCCCCCAACAGGACAAGGCAGCUACCCCACCUCCACACUGGCAGGAAUGGUUCCUGGAGGGGACUUUUCUGGAAACCCUUACUCCCAUCCACAGUACACGACUUAUAACGAAGCUUGGCGUUUCAGUAAUCCAGCGUUACUAAGUUCCCCUUAUUAUUAUAGUGCCGCAUCCCGUGGCUCCGCACCUCCCGCUGCUGCCACUGCCUACGACCGCCACUAGUUACCCCGGAGACCAGCUGAAACUGCAGGGCCACAGCUUCGGCCUCCAUAUUGUCCCCGUCUGAGAAACACCAAGGUGGAAGGGGAGCAAGGUGGAUUCCCAAAUGAAAUCCAGUCAUCUUUUUUGAUGUGGAGGAGGGAUGGGCAAAGUCGGCGCCGUUUUAUCCAGCAUCAGCGUUAAACAUUUUAGGUCAGCGGGGCCCACGUGCGUGUGGAGCUCACCUGUCAGGCAACAGACAAUUCCAGAAUGACUUUAAGAGAUUAUAUAAAUAUAUAUCAUAAAAUAUAAACUGAACAAAACAGUGUGAAGACUACCAUGUGGAAAAUGUUGUGGGUUUUAUUCUCAUGUUUCUUUGUUGCUGUUGUUGUUAUUUUAUUCAUGGAUCCUCACAUUCCUUUAUGUUAUGAACUGCAGUAUUUUUCUGCUGGGAAGAAAAAAAAGUCAAAGGGAGAUGUCAAUGGUCCCACAGCUCGCUCAUGUAAUGACUGGAAAUGCUUUUCUGUGUGUUUACCUCUGACAUCUUCGGUGUCGCGGUGGCUCCACACUGCAGAAGAGGCUUUAUUUUGGUGCUUUGACUACAUCGUCUGCUUCCAUUUCUCCUAGUCCCUCACAACAUCAGCUAAACUUUGCUUGCCCUCCGACUUUACUUGACCCUGCACACCACGACACUCUGUGACAAACAAUCAUUUUACAAAACAUUCAGUCAUUUAAAAGGGGCGUAUAAGAAUUUUACUCACUUUUUUGUUGUUGUUUUCUUGUAUUUUUAAGUAAAGAUUUUAUACUGAAUUACUGUCACAUUUCCCUGUCAAGUCCUUUGCUAUGUUUUGCACUACAGUCUCAGCUUCUUUAGCCUUUUUUCCUGUACAUUCACUGUAAGUUAAGUUGGACUGCAUAAAUAUGUUUUCUGAGUACACUGGAAGCCAUUGCUCUUCGGCUAAAAUCCUUUUCAACACAACAACUCUUCAUCAUUCAUACCACUAGAUGCCUACAAACUUUAGAACGCUGUAUGCAGGUGUGUAAACAGACUGUAAAUUAGCUCCAAUAAUUGCCUUACAAAUCUGUUUUGUCAAGCUAAAUUCACACCUGUUUCGUGAUAUAAAUGGCCUUUGAGGAUGCAUAUUCACUUCCUUCCACUACUCUCCACAGAGGCUGAAUGGAAACACUGAUUCAUUUAGGCAUUUUCAUUUUUUGUUUUGGAAAACAUUUUAUGAAUGUACUCUUUCCUACAUUUGCCAAAGAAUUAGUUUGAUAUUUAAUAUUUUAUUUACAGUAUGUGUAUGCAUAACUAAAGCAGUAUUAUCAUUUGAAAAAGUCAAGACUGAACAUGUGUGUUGAAACGUUUCAGCAGGUGGACAACAUGUCAAGCAAGACUGUGAUUUGAGGGGGGGGGGGCAUUUCUGUAACUCAAUAUAACAACUGCAACAAAGCGCUGCUUUAUAGGAUGAUUUAUGUAUAAUGUUUUUCUGUAAAUAUAAUGUCACACACACACUGUCACAGUAUCAUAAUAAUAUACCGGCCCCCUUUGUACAUAAAGAGACUGAAAAAAAAAAACAUGCAUUACAUUUGUGUCUUAAUGUAUUGUUGUGCUCUGAGGGAAGACACAACUGCUGGGCAACCUACGGCUAGAUGCUAACAUCACAUAAGUUGUCUUCAUCUUUUAAUAUCAUGAGAUUGUCAUGAUAAUGUUUUAUGUCACUAUGCAAUGAGUUUAAUGGCUUUCUGUGUUUUGUUGUUGGACUCAGAAUAACCGAUCCCCAUCCAGGACAGUGUGAAAGUUUAAAAAGAAUGCGAAGAAGCCCACUGUUGUGAGUUUACUUUUUCAACCCUGUCUUAGCUCCUGAAAGUCAUCUUAAUGAGCAUCAAAAGUCUUUGGCAACAAUCAAAGAAGCUGUCCAGUUUGCUUUUUGUUGAUGUUGUAUUCAUCAUCCAAAUGACCCAUGCAUCCAAACAGAAGCAUAUCAUCUCCCGCUGCUCACUUUUCCUUAUUUUACUCCGCUUCUUGUACAACUUUUGAGCAAACGACAAAGUUUUCACUUAAUCUUCACAAGCUGAUGGGUUACUUUAGGACCAGAUGUCAUUGUGAGGGCAUCAGAAAGCAGAGAAACAGGAAGCUUGACUCUCCAUGAGAGGCUACCCUGUAAAAAUUGCACUUGGGAUUUGCCUGCUUCUGUGUACUUGCAGACCCAUGUGAACUACGUGGAUUGGGGGGGGUGCGAGCGCUCAGGCACAGUCUUUGCUGUUGGAAGUGGAGCUGGACCAUUGAUGUAAAGAUAAAAAAGUCAUGAACAUUGAAAGGAUUUCUGAUGAAAAUGAAAGGAAUGAAAAGGAAAGUCUUGUGGCCUCGAACAUUGUUUUGUUUCAGUUUUGUUCCAAUUCUUUUUUUGUGCACAUGAGAAAUAAAUUCUUUUAUAUGUCUGU